CCACAGCUCUAAAUAACAUGGGUGGGGAGACACAUCCGGGCUCCUCGUUCACUGACAGCACCAUCAGCAGCAGCACAGCAGCAGCAACAACAGGAGGGACUGUGGAUGAUGGGCGAAGAAGAGACGUUAAAGAGCGGAGGGAGGGCGGGAGAGACGCGGAGAGGUGUCUGAAGGAGCGGAAUAGAUAACCGGCACCGAGCGAAUGCGCGCGGCACCCGGGAGGGCGGGGGACACAACAGAUUGUCAAGCUGGGACUUCUUGGAUCAUUCCUGUAGGAUCUCAUUGGGAUAACAGCCAUCCGAUGCUGGUACUGGUCUAGUGAUCUUCAUACGUUGGUGAACUAAUGUUGUGCAACAGGCUGUGGUCACAAAGGCCUCUUUGUGUGAAGAUGGCUAGCACCUCUGACCUGAUCGGGAUUCCAUUCCCAGAUCACAGCAGUGAACUCCUGUCCAGUUUAAAUGAGCAGAGACAGAAUGGUCUUCUAUGUGACGUUGUCCUGAUAGUAAAAGAUCAGGAAUAUAGGACCCACAGGUCAGUCCUUGCGGCCUGCAGCAAAUACUUCAAAACUCUGUUCACUGCAGACACACUUGCCGACCAGCACAGCGUUUACGAGAUUGACUUUGUCACACCAGAGGCGCUUUCUGCAAUUCUGGAGUUUGCUUACACAUCAACCCUUACCAUCAGCCCGUCAGAUGUCAAAGACAUUCUUAGUGCAGCACAACUGCUGGAGAUCCAGUGCAUCUCCAAGGUCUGCAUAGACAUCAUGGACUCGAGUGGUGACAUCAUCAGUGAGGGAAAUGAACCAGUGGAGCCAUCAACCCAGAUAGAACUUCAAGAACAUCUCGAACAAGAGGUUGUCAAAGAAUCUCCCCAGGAAGACAUCAAAGAUCUUCCCCUAGACCCUAUUAAAGACCCUCAAGAAAAUGUCCAAGCAGAUUUUCAAAAUGGUGAACAUUGGAUAAAAGAUUACAAUUUAGAAGGCACUUCCAAUAAGCCUCAUAUGGAUAAGCACCACGCUGAACCACCAAGGGAUAUCCUGAAUGAAUUACUGAUCGGUGAGGCUAGUGGUCGCUUGGGUCCUGUACAUGAUUUCUCCUUAGAUUCUUUGUUAAAUGGAGGAAUAAAUUCGAGAGCGAAUAUAUUAGAUAGGAGAAACAAUGUGUCUCCAUUGAGAUCAAGAUUUUUUCCUCCCUAUUGGAAUAGCAACUAUAAUCCUUUCCCUUUGCUUAGAGAACACCAAGAUAUAGACCAGGUGCCUCUGAACUUGGUGGUAAAAAAGGAACAGAUCAAAGAGGAGAUCAAGGAAGAUUUGCCAUCAGCCACGAGCGCAUGCGACUUUCUAAAGGAUAUGUUAUUGCAAAGUAACCGGAACAACUUUGGAGCUGUAAAGGAGGAGCUUGAUUUCCGUUCCUACCUGAGCAUGUUGGAUCCUUCAUUCCUGGCAGCUGUCUACCCAACAUGGACUCUAGAGGAUGAGAAGAAGAUGAGGCCAAAGGCAUCUCAACAAUGUCCCAUUUGCAACAAAGUGAUCCAGGGAGCGGGGAAGCUGCCACGGCACAUGCGGACACACACAGGAGAGAAACCGUAUACAUGUAACAUAUGUGGAGUCCGUUUUACCAGACAGGACAAGCUGAAGAUCCACAUGAGGAAGCACACAGGAGAAAGACCAUACACCUGUGUUCACUGCAGUGCCCGCUUCGUUCACAACUACGAUCUGAAGAACCACAUGCGCAUUCACACCGGAGUGCGGCCAUACCAGUGCCAGCACUGCUUCAAGAGCUUCACCCGCUCCGACCACCUGCACAGACACAUCAAGAGGUUAAGCUGCCGCUUGCCCCGGCCUCGACGAGGGCGACGCCCAGCCGCCUGGCGCUCCGCCAGCCUCCUGUACCCUCUGGGAGCCACACAACCCGAUCAAGGUGCUGCCAACUUCCUGGCACAAGAGGUGGGCAGGCUUCCCAAUGCUGGUAAGCUGCAGCAGAGCCACGCUGAGAGCUUCUUUAACUCCAGGAUCUUUGGCGGGGACCCGGAGAGGGAGAUUCCCACUGCUCGGAUGUUGAACGGGAAUCACUUUGAAGACGAGAGCAAUCGGGGGAUCUUCACUUUGGCCCUGUCUCACACCAGCGCCUUUUCUCACCUGCCCCGGCAGUACUUUGCCACUGGAAACCCAUGGGCCCCACGGUUUAACCCUACCAUCCCCAUGCAGGAGAUCAGGCAGUAGAGGGCAGCUAGGGUUAGGAUCUGAGAAUGUCUUGAAAGAACGAUGAACAACUGGCAUAGAACCUGUACUCAGAACCCAAAGACCUAGCCAAGCCUACACUUUUAACUGUACAUAAAACAUUUGUAAUGUGUAAAGCGUUGAAUAGAAAUUAAUUUUGUGGACCACUGAAUGAUCUUGAAGUCGAUCUAUUAUAUAAAUUGUAUUUAAACUGAGAAGGAGAUAAAACAAAACCCAAAGAGAAUUUGAAUAUUGUAACUUAACGUGAACUUGAACACAUGCCUUUCUUUCCGAAUGUGUUUGCGUGUGGGAGAAACAUCGGAUUAUUUUUCUAAUGUAAUGUAUCUCACUUAAUUAGCUCAAGCGAGUUUGCCUUAGUGUUUAAAGUGGACAAUGACCUCAGUUUGAAUGCAGAAACUAAAGCUCUGAGGCAAGACUCUGACUUCAAUCUCAACCUUAAAAUCAUUGUCAUAGAUUUUUAAGAUCAUUUGAGAUUACAGAAAAACCUUAAAUUCAGUCUUUGUUUGGAAGUCAGUUUCCACCUGUUCUUAAAAAUACUACAUUUAAGAAUUUUUAAAAUUCUGCACAAUCUUAAAUUGUCAGAGGAUGGUUUUAAGUAAGAGACAAUGAAAGGUUGGGCCUCUGUUCUCUUGCCGGCACAUGCAGAAUUGUUUUGUUAUUUGCUGCAUUAUCACCUGUUCUCUGGAUCUCCCUUCCAAAACCACUUUGUUUUGCUACCUCUUUCCCUGCCAGCAAAACACUGAAAAUGAUUUUUGGGUUUUGGUCAAUAUCAUUAUUAUUAAUAAUUAUUUUAUUUUCCUUUAGGCUCAACUACAAAAUUUGUUAAAUGCUUUCAAACAUUCUGUUACAUGAAGGGCAAUGGAUCAGUGGCAAUUGUUGUCAUCUAUUUAGCCACAUGGGGGCAUCACAGCUGAUCCCAAAUCAUACCCUCAUCUGACAUCCACACACACAGCUUCCAGCAGGAGGCUCUGGAUACUAAUUUGAGCGAGAACUCUGACCUCCUUUCCUGUUUCUAACCCCUCAGGCGACCUGUAACCUCAAUUGCUCCAUUUUAGAUAAGCUAAGUUUCAUUGUUAUCAAAUUUAAAGAAUUUUAAUUAAAUAAAAACUACUGCAUUUCCACUUGACAUCAGAGGGCACAAAUUUAAGAUGAUUAUCAAAAUAACGAAGGAAGCCAUUUGACCCAUCAUGGCUGUGCUUGCUCUCUAAAAGAGCUAUCUAUUUGGUCACCUUUUCCCCUCCCAUUUUAUAUUUUCGACUUGUGUUCUUGGUUGAGUAUUCCCUAUACUAAUAAUAUUUAUGCCCUCUAGACAACAACAACUUGGAUUUAUACAGAUGUAUUUAUAUUAUAUUAGGACAUCAGCUCACUGAACAGUGUUCUCUUUAUUUGCCUUAUCAAA